GUUGUUUUAGAAGCGUAUAGUGAUUAUUUAUCUGUUGGACUGAAGGCUGCCUGUAACGAUGAUCCACGAGUUGCUGCUUGCUUUAAGCGGAUAUCCUGGAACCGUAGUUACAUGGAAUAAAAGAAAUGGUUUACAGGUAUCCCAGGAUCUGCCCUUUCUCCAUCCCAGUGAAACCAGUGUCCUGAACCGGCUGUGUAAGAUGGGAACAGACUAUGUGCGGUUCACAGAGUUCAUAGAGCAACACACGGGCCAUGUUCACCAACAAGAGCACCACCCGAGCCAGCAGAGCCAAAGUGGGUUACAUGGAAUAUACCUGAGGGCUUUCUGCACUGGCUUACACUCCAUGUUGCAGCCUUACAGACAAGCAAUACUAGAUCUUGAACAAGAGUUUCUUGGUGAUCCACAUCUCUCCAUUUCUCAUGUCAACUACAAGCUGGAACAGUUUCAGUUGCUGUUCCCUUCUGUAAUGGUCGUGGUGGAGACCAUCAAAUCUCAAAAGAUCCAUGGCUGUCAGAUUCUGGAGACUGUUUACAAGCACAGCUGUGGAGGGCUACCACCUGUACGGAUGGCCUUAGAAAAGAUUCUUGCAGUGUGCCAUGGAGUGAUGUAUAAGCAGUUAGCUGCAUGGAUGCUGCAUGGUCUGCUUUUGGACCAGAGUGAAGAGUUCUUCGUGAGGCAAGGCCCCAGUGUGGGAGGAGCUGCAGCAGCACAGGAGGAGGAAGAGGAAGACCUUGGCAUUGGAGGUCUGAGUGGGAAGCAACUUAGAGAACUGCAGGACUUGAGACUGAUCGAGGAGGAGAACAUGCUCGCUCCGUCCCUGCAGCAGUUCUCCCUGAGGGUCGAGAUGCUUCCUUCCUACAUUCCUGUCCGAGUAGCAGAAAAAAUCCUCUUUGUUGGGGAAUCGGUCCAAAUGUUUGAGAACCACAACCAGAGUCCCUCCAGAGCUGGGUCCAUACUGAAACACCAAGAGGACACAUUUGCAACAGAGCUGCACAGACUCAAACAGCAGCCACUUUUCAGCCUGGUGGACUUUGAGAAUGUAAUAGAUGGAAUUCGAAGCACGGUUGCUGAGCAUCUCUGGACUUUGAUGGUGGAAGAAUCUGAUCUUUUGGGUCAACUCAAGAUCAUAAAAGAUUUUUAUUUGCUGGGACGUGGUGAACUCUAUCAGGUCUUCAUUGACCUCGCCCAGCACAUGCUGAAGACCCCACCGUCAGCUGUGACAGAGCACGAUGUCAACGUGGCCUUUCAGCAAGCCGCUCACAAAGUUCUGCUUGAUGAUGACAACCUGUUGCCCCUCUUGCAUCUCACUAUUGACUAUCAAGGGAAAGACACCAAAGAGGCGCCCGGGACUCGAGAAGGCACCACACCUCCUCAGGACACUUCUCCUCGAGAGGCUCCUUCCACAGGCUGGGCUGCACUGGGACUGGCCUACAAAGUCCAGUGGCCUCUGCACAUUCUCUUCACUCCUGCUGUGCUAGAAAAGUACAAUGUAGUGUUUCGAUACCUGCUCAGCGUGCGCCGCGUGCAGUCAGAGCUGCAGCACUGCUGGGCUCUGCAGAUGCAGCGCAAACACUUAAAGUCUAACAAGACUGAUGCAGUCAAAUGGAGGCUGCGCAACCACAUGGCUUUCCUUGUUGAUAACCUGCAGUAUUAUUUACAGGUGGAUGUCUUGGAGUCUCAGUUUUCACAGCUUUUGCAGCAGAUCAACUCAACACGAGACUUUGAGAGCAUUCGCCUGGCUCAUGAUCAUUUUCUUAGUAAUCUCCUAGCCCAGUCCUUUAUCCUCCUCAAGCCAGUGUUUCAUUGUUUGAAUGAGAUUCUGGAUCUCUGUCACAAUUUCUGCUUGCUGGUGAGUCAGAACCUGGGGCCACUGGAUGAGAGAGGAGCAGCUCAGCUGGACAUUAUGGUGAAGGGUUUUAGCCGCCAGUCGUUCCUGCUCUUCAAAAUCCUCUCCAGUGUGCGUAACCACCAAAUCAAUUCCGACCUUGCUCAGCUACUGCUGCGUCUGGACUAUAACAAAUACUACACUCAGUCAGGAGGCAUGCUGGGAAGUUUUGGGCUCUAAAACAGCGGCCGAAGAUCCAUUUUCUCAUUGUGCACUGUGUAAAUAUAUCCUGAAGUCAUAUCGUCAGAUGUAAUAGGAAUUUACUUUUGUAUUAAUGCACAUAUGGUUAAUAUUUAUGUUGGCUUGUUGUCUGUCUGCGUGUAUCACUUUUUUUUUAAAAUUAAAGUUAUACUUGUAUACCUUGUAAA